AUGGCGCAUUUUUCUUUCAGCGAAUCUGCGAUUGUUAAAUUUUUCUCAUUUAUCGUCUGAAUUUUUGUCAGUUUUCUAAGUUCAAGUUGGUAAUCAUUCUUAGAGUUAUUAAAAUUCUUGUGGUGGUAUUCAAUAAACAACGGAUCAUCUUUAUAGCACUAGUUUUCUAAAAACAUAAUCUACCUAAUUAGAUUUCAUAUUACCGAUUCUUCCGGCAUCCCUUUAAGCUUUCCAAGUGGUCUAAUGAAUUCACUAUUAGAUUACGGAUCGUCAUCAUCAAGUGAUACUGAUGAAGAUGAAACUGUUGAUGAAGAAAAAUACAAUAAGGAUGAAUCAAAGCCAAAACUCCCUAAACCGACCCUCGGUGAAAAUAGUCUUCAAACUUCAGUUUUUUCAAAUCCAUUUGCUGAGGAGGAGUUAGCAAAAGCUGCUAUACUAGAGAAACAUGUAAAAAUGAUUCCAGGUAAAGAUAAUAUGCAGAUGAUAAAUGGAAGGAAGAUCUGCUGGAACUACAGAAAGGGCAGAUGUCGAUUUGGUCACAACUGCAAGUAUGGACAUGAUUCAGAUAUACUAAAAACAGAUGAAGAACUCCAAGCAGAGAAACAGAAAUUAAAAACUGUAGUAUGUGAAGGUGCGGGAACAAUGUCAUCAGCACCACCACCACAAGUUAUUAUUGAGGCAUCAUCAAAUGAUGAUGAUGUGUGGGAAGGAGGAGCGGGUAAGAAGAAGAAGCGACCAGGAUUAACCACUGGACUGGUGCCAGGAAAAAAGGUUAUUAAGAUGUAUAAGGAACAAAAACUGAAAGAUGCAAUAAAGAAAUGAGUAUGAGAAAACUUAUAUUAAAAAAAAUCUCUUGAGAAAUAGCCUGAAAUUAUCAUAAAAAUAUUAUAAUCUUAGAAUAGAAGACCUAGGGGAAGUGUAAUAGUAUCCCAUGUUAAACUUUGACUUCAAGAAUUACUCUUUCCUCCAUGUUCAACAUAUUAAUGUUUUAAUUAUAUUUUUUCCUGCAUUCCUUUGUUAACAUAGGUUUCAACUGCAGUGACAUUUAUAUUGAUGUAAAUUGUAGUCUGUUUUGUUAGAGUAUGGAAUGGAUGACAUACAAGUCAGUGCCAUGGAGUCCCAGGGUUAUAGAUUCAACAAGGAUCUUUUGACAGUCAGAAAAUAUGUGAACUAACAAUGUCACCUUCACAGUGUCAUAUUUUGACCAAAGCGGAAGCAGCAGUUGCACAGUUUAAUGUUGCCAUUUUCAUAAAUUUUAAAUUCCAUAAAUAUCAUGAUGUUAUGACAUGUAGGUGAAUUUGCUGUCUUUGGAUAAGUUAUACUCAAUUAUGACAAUCCUUUUCAUGCUGUAGCUGUGAUGUCAUGUUUUUCUUUUAUUUCCUUGUUUGAUUAUUUAGUAAAAUAUAACUUCAAACUUUCGUGGUUUUUACUAAUAUACUGUUUGUAAGCUCGGGAGCUCAAACAGUCUAAUUGUGGUAAGAAUCCCUUUUCUUACGAACAGAGAAUACCAGAGCUGGUAAGAGAUGCUGCUGUCAUGGUCAGCCAUCAGAAAAUAUGAAAACUUUCAUGGGCAUAGACAAUGGUAUAAAAGAAAGUACAUCCCAUGACAGUUACAGUAUGAAAAAGAUCUUGUGACACUUUGUUGACAUGAAGUGCUAGUGGGUAGUCAUAAUUUUUGUCUAUUGGGUUAGAUAUCUUUGUCAGUUUAUACCAGUAGGUGUUGAUUUGCAUCCAUUAUGUUAUAUCUUAACAUUUAAGCAUAAUAUUUAAGUUACAAUUAACUCUACCUAUCUAUCAUUUCGUAUUUUUAUAGGAUUAAUACUUUGUGUACCUGUAGUAUACAUUUUCAAAUGAUUUCAAUGUUGAAUAAGUGUUAUUUCUA